AUGAUCAUGGACGAUGAGGCACCUGCUUACAACGCCGGCCUACUUCGCGACACCACCGCCGCCUCGCCCGCAGCUCCAAGCACUGUUGCUAGAGUUUCUCCACAAGACCGCAAAGUCCAGUUCAGCAGAUCUGAAGCGGAGAUGUUGCGGAUGAAGGAGGAACUCCUCAACCUGGAGCUCCCCCACAUUGACGAUGGAGCAGAGGAAGAAUCCGGCGAGGCAACAUGGAGAAACGCCUACAGGCUACAACGGCGAAACAAAUUGAAGCUCUACUCUGGAACCGCCGAUGGAAAACGGCCGCUAAGGAACAGGUGGAGAACCGUCCUCAUCGUUUGCGAUCAAGACGGAAAACCAGACAGGCGGAGCCGUGUCGUUCAGAACUCGCCCAAGGACACUACAUCGAAGAAGGCCUCCCUGUGCCUGCACCACUACGUUGACCCGGGCAACAUCGAGCACUCACCUCCGCAACCGGGCAAGAAUGAGAUGACAGACGAGGGGAUUGAAAAGCGAGCUGGCCUGAUUCGACUAUUGCACGUGCAAGGAUUGGACGCGAAGGCCAUGCACAAGGCUCUUCAGGACAACGGGUGGAGACUUGGGAUUGAAGGAAAGCAGAAGGUGAGAAGCGUCAGGGCGCGCUUGGACAAGCAAAGGCUCGAGGACGCGGGAGGUGCGAACGACGCCGAGCAGUUACUGGAGCGCCUCCAGCUGGAAGGUUGUUGGAUGAGGUUCGCACUAGACGAGGCCGGGCGCGUGAAGCGCAUCGCUUGGGCACUCGUCGAGCAGCAGAAGAAUGCACUGCGGUACCAUUCCGUCAUCAUCCAGGACAACACGUUCAACACGAACACUAUCAGCUGGCGCUGA